GUGGAUAAUUUUGAUUUGAAUUGCGUGGAGUUGGAAACUGGGGUAAAAAUGUUGGAAAAUAGAUUUAAACCAGUGUUUUCCCUUGUUGAUCACUUCAUGAUAUUGUAUACCAGGCUUCACCGGAAGAGGACAUCUCUAUAAACUCUUGCAUUGAGGCCCCUUCGUCUUGGUCUCUUACCGGAUUGCUGCCAUUACCUACCCAAUACUUUUCGAGUACCUAGAUAUAUCAUAUCUCUGACGAUUGCAAUGGGCAUCCUGGGCGGUAAAAAGGAAGCCGAAUUGGCUGUGGGAUCUGCUCUUGCAGGAGCACUCCCACAAGAUGCAAAGCCGUGGUAUCGAACGCCGCAUUUGAUCCAACUCAAUCUUAUUCUGCUGGUGCCGAUGUUGUCAUCCGCUUCUCUUGGAUACGAUGGCUCAAUGAUGAACGGGCUUCAGACCCUGACCCAAUGGAAAACAUUCUUUGGUAAUCCAGAGGGUGCAAUCCUUGGCAUGAUGAACUCUAUCUACCCUCUCGGAAAGGUCAUCGCCUUGUUUCUCGUGACAUAUGUCUCUGAUCGAUGGGGUCGGAGACUUCCGAUAUUCAUGGGAUUGAUUGCUUGCAUUGGCUUCGCGAUAAUGCAAGGUCUCGCUCAAAAUCUAGCAACAUUCGUCACAGCAAGGGCACUUCUAGGAUUUUCUACCUCUUUCCUCAGCCAACCGAGUCCAGUUGUAAUUGCUGAGCUAGCAUAUCCAACCCAGAGAGGCAAAGCCACUGCUCUAUACAAUACUUUCUUUUAUUUUGGUGCUAUCUUUGCGGCUUGGUGUACCUUCGGAACCUUCAAAAUCCAAUCUACUUGGAGCUGGAGAAUUCCAUCCAUACUUCAAGGUGCACUACCAAUUGUACAAUUGCUUGGGUUUUAUUUCCUUCCCGAAUCCCCUAGAUAUCUCGUUUCUAAAGGCCGACGCGAGGAAGCUCGAAAAUUCAUCAUAAAGUACCAUGCAGGGGGUGACGAGAAUGCAGCGAUUGUCAAGUUCGAGAUGGACGAGAUUGAGCAAGCCCUGGAAGAAGAAGCCAUGGUAUUGUCCACAACAUCCUGGUUUGAUCUUAUUCGAACUCCGGCGAACAGGAAAAGAACAUUUAUUGCAGUAAUCCUCGGUUGGUUCAGUCAGUGGAAUGGUAUCGGCGUUGUCAGCUACUACCUCACGCUUGUUCUAAACACGAUCGGAAUCACGGAUACGAAGGACCAGACGCUCAUCAAUGGCCUGCUUCAGAUAUUCAACUGGCUUGUGGCAACAUUCUGCGGCGCCCUCAUGGUUGAUCGUAUUGGCCGACGAAAGCUCUUUUUGAUAUCGACUGCGGGAAUGCUGUGCAGUUAUGUCGCAUGGACAGGUCUUACCUCAGCAUUUGUCACGAACCGAAACGAAGGUAUGGGACGUGCCGUGGUUGCAUUUAUCUUCAUCUGCUACUUUUUCUACGACAUUGCGUGGACGCCCCUAUUACAAGCUUAUCCGGUCGAAAUCUACCCCUACACGCUACGUGGACGUGGUUUAUCAUUCACCUUGAUUACUUCCUUCACUGGCUUGAUCGUCAGCAACCAGGUCAAUCCAAUCGCAAUGAAGGCUAUCGGUUGGAAGUAUUAUAUCGUGUUCUGCUGUCUCCUUGCUGUCCUCUUCGUCCUCAUCUAUUUGUUUUUCCCUGAGACUAAGGGCCACACACUGGAGGAGAUUACUGAGGUAUUUGAGGGCAAGGCGGGAAAGAAUGCCGAUGAUAAACUCGAAGAAGGAAAUCACAAGAACGAGACAAAACAGAUCGAGCUCGCAUAACUCUCAUGGGGGUCAGUUAGUCAUAUCAUAGGCUUACUUAAUAAGAGUUGC